CUGCCAGCGAACGCUGUCUUGGGUCCUGUGUCGCCGACGUGGGCUCGCCGUCGCCGCGAGCUCCACCUUCCUUCGUCUCUCCGCUCCGCGCCGAGCGCGAUGUGGCGAGCGACGAGGCGGUGUCCGCCGCUGCUGCGGUGGUUCUCUUCGGACGCAGCCGCCUCCAAGGCGGCGCCGCGGCGGCAGCGGGUGGCGGCGCUGUGGGGGAACGGGGACUACGGGCGGCUGGGGCUGGGCGUGCUGGAGUCGCGCUGGAGCCCCACGGUCUGCCCCUUCUUCCUCGCCCGCGCCGCCGACCCGCCCGCCUCCCUCGCCUGCGGCGGCGCGCACACCCUCUUUCUGACCCAGAGUGGGCGAGUGUUUGCUACAGGGCUGAACGACUUUGGGCAGCUCGGGGUAGGAUCCUCGGUUACACAUACGCUGGAGCCUGUUGAAGUUUCUGGAUUUCACGAGAGAGUUGUAGAAGUUUCAGCUGGCAAUCAUCAUUCUUGUGCAGUUACCGCGGAUGGUAAGCUCUUUGUUUGGGGCAGAAACUCAGGUGGCCAGCUUGGCCUUGGUAAAGGGGCAGGUAAAGUUGUUUCUACCCCAACAAAGGUUGAUUGUUUGACUGACUUCAGAAUAAAAAUGGUUGCUCUGGGAUCAGAGCAUUCAAUUGCUGUUACAGAGGAAGGUGAAGUCUUGAGUUGGGGAGCUGCUGGUUCUGGUAGGCUCGGACAUGGCCGUCAAUCUAGCAUCCUGGGAUUUUCUCUGACCACAAGUGAAUAUACUCCAAGAUUGAUCAAAAACUUUGAUGGUAUCAAGAUUAAAAAGAUAGCUGCAGGAAUGUUGCACUCAGCUUGCAUUGAUGAAAAAGGUACUUUGUUCAUAUUUGGGCAGAAGACUGAGAAGGGAUUUGGAAGAUCAAAUGAAGCAUUCAGACCAAAUAUUGUUGAAGAGAUUCCAUUUUCAGAAGAAGUUGCUUGUGGAGGUUACCAUACUUGUGUUGUAACAGAUAGCGGUGAUCUGUAUUCUUGGGGUUCAAAUGAAAAUGGCUGCCUUGGUCUGGGGUAUUUCAUCUAUGACUUACUCAAGAACUUGCCUACAUCAUCUUAUAUGGUUUGCUCUCCAGAAAUUUUGAAAAGCUCGCUAUUUAAACUUCCUGUAUCUAAGGUAUCUUGUGGUUGGAAGCACACAGCUGUAAUUUCAGGUGAUGACAUUUACACAUGGGGUUGGGGAGGCGCCAAUGGAACUUUUUUUGAAGAGGGGCAUUCUUCCGGUGGACAGCUAGGACAUGGAAAUGACGUAGACUAUUUUGAACCUAUGAUGGUUCCCUUUGGCAAGAAUGCAAGAGCCGUCCAUGUAUCGUGUGGCUUCAAUCAUACUGGUGCAAUUUACGAGUACUCCGAGGACUGAUUGAUGUGCCACCUGCAGACAGCAGAUCAGCAUGUCUUGGAGACUUGGACUAAUUAUCGAAUUAUACUCAGUAGAAGUGCACAUAAACAGCAGAAAGAAGCUCUGAUAUUGGACCUGCACCUAUGUGAAGAGAAAUAUAGUCUAUAGAACAGAGUGAUACCACCCCCCUGAUUGAGCGAGGGGGAUGUAAAUCAAACAGAAUAAGAGAUAAACUGGAUGCAUUUUAUGAUGCAUCAGAGUUACAGGUCAGUGUAUAGCGUUCCAGUCGUUCCUUCAUUUAUUGGGUGGUUAUGUAUUAUUUUGCCAGCUAAUAAGAAAUCCAUUGCCUGAGGUCUCAGCAGGCUGUUCGUGUACAUGAUGAGUACUUCACUGCUUGGUGUCUAUGCUAGCUGUGUUUCUGUGUAAAUAAUACAUGAAUCAAUUAAUCCUGUUUGUACAAUUAAAAAUGUACAUAUAUCAGUGCAUCGUUCA